CUCUUUCCGAAUACUGAGCAAAAAAAGCACGCGACCAGAUCAAAUUUAUUUCUUUUCCUCUCAUGCAUCUCUAUCCCAGUACAUGCAAACUACCAAGAUACUCCUUGAUCUCUCUCUCUCUCUUGAUAUUUAUCCUAUCGCGUCUGACAAAACAUCAAGCAAUAUACGGUAUAUACCGACUUACAACCCCCACAAACAUCCCUAUUUCGUCAUUAUAACCCCACCAUUGGAUCAGAACUGAUCGCUAUCCAUCCGUCGAGCAAUUUUAAUCUCUACAUUUAUUCACCGCCCUGAAAUCCCGGUAUACCGUUCACCUAGACACCAAUGGCCACCGAAAACCCCUUGGAGGAUCGCAUCUCCUCUGUUCCCUUUGCGGAACAAGGUCCCAAAUGGGAUAGCUGUUGGAAAGAUGCCUUGACACCCUGGGACCGCGGCACCGCCUCCAUCGCUCUUCACGAUCUCCUCGCUCAAAGGCCCGAUCUUGUGCCACCCUCUCAGCACCAGGACCAUCGCGGACACCCUCUCCGGGACGCUACAGGUGCUAUCCAGAAGAAAACCGCUCUAGUACCCGGCUGCGGCCGUGGUCAUGACGUGCUGCUCUUGAGCUCGUGGGGCUACGACGUUUGGGGUCUCGACUACAGCGCUGCUGCCAAAGAGGAAGCCAUCAAGAACCAAAAACAAGCCGAAUCAGAAGGUCUCUACAUGCCUGUCGACGGCUUGGAUAAAGGCAAGAUUCACUGGAUCACUGGCAAUUUCUUCGCGCAAGAUUGGUCCAAGGGUGCCGGUGAUGACGGCAAGUUUGAUCUCAUCUACGAUUAUACGUUCUUAUGCGCGCUACCCCCAGAUGCAAGGCCAAAAUGGGCCAAGCGCAUGACAGAGCUGCUUUCACAUGAUGGUCGUCUCAUCUGCCUCGAGUUCCCUUCGACAAAACCCAUGUCCGCCAACGGUCCCCCGUGGGGCGUCUCCCCUGAGCUUUACGAAGCCCUUCUAGCAGCUCCGGGCGAAGAAAUCGCAUACAACGACGACGGCACUGUCCACGAGGAUCCUUGCUCAAAACCUUGGGCCGACGCCCUACAUCGACUGAGUCUCCUCAAACCAACAAGGACACACAAGGCCGGCAUGAGUCCAGAAGGCGCGGUUAUGGACUUCCUCUCUGUCUGGAGCCGAUAGCCAAACUGAGUGCUUUCGGUGACCGAAGCUUCUUCUUUACUUCUCGAUACCAAACAGCCGUCGCAUAUGAUUUGUCGCCGUUGUACAC